GGCUAGCAACGUAUCGGGCGAGAGGUCGCCCUUUGAUGGCUCCUGCUGUGGGUCGGGCUAUCACACAGUGGACUCCACUCCUUUGGGAUCUCCCGAGGAAAUAGAGGUGCCAAAGUACAGGGUGGUGCUGCUGGGAGAUGCAGGAGUCGGUAAAACGGCACUGGUCUCGCAGUUCAUGACUUCGGAGUAUAUGAAUACUUACGAUGCUAGUUUGGAUGACGAAUUUGGAGAGAGGACUGUUUCUAUUCUGCUGGACGGGGAGGAAUCAGAAAUGAUUUUCAUCGAUCAUCCUUCAUCUGAAAUGUCG